UUUUAUUUCUAUGAGGAAUCAAGAGGAAAAGGCUCAGUAUGAAGUAAACAGAUGUUCUCAGUGUGCUGAUAACGUUGAAAAUUGCUCGCCAUCAUCAGACAUCUAAAUGUUUUUACGCAGUAGGUCAUUCGGCAAAUGCACCGCGUCUCAUCAGAUUGGGAGGCGUUUUCGAUGAAUCCCUGCGGCACUACAGUAUGUGCAGGAGAAGGCCUACAACUUAACAGUGGGUUGCAUGUAUAGGGGCCUCAACCAGGGUGAAGACCAUGAACCUGAACGAGAAGAAGCCCAACAAGUGGUGGACAGAACCGGACACAUUUGCCAUGCUGGCCCUCAUAGAGCAGAUGGGUCUGGUCCAUGAGCUGGACAAGAAGCGUCAGCGGAACGAAUCCCUCUUCCGACGCCUGAGGCUCAGUCUGGCAAAGCGCGGCAUCCACUUCACUGUCACCCAGAUCCGCAACCGCUGGAAGAGCCUUAAACACAAGUAUCGUAAGAUCAAACUGGCCAGCUAUCGAAGUCCUGCUGCACGCCUCUCCGCCGUCGAGUCUUUCCGCUACUUCCACAUGCUGGAUCACAUGCUGGUGCGCAGACCAAAGACAGGAAGCAGGGAGGACGGCCUCAUCGAUGGACAUGCUUUGCUUGGACGGUCACUCGCAGACCUGGACGACCAUGCAGACAGUCCUUGGCCUGAAGGUCUAAUCCCUAAAUGUGAUCUUGAGAGCAUGCCUUCUAACCUUGAGCCUGAAGAAGACAAGAGUCUGAAUCCAGAAGACGUGGCUGAAUCUGAGCCUCCCAGUUGGGCUGUAGGACCAGAUGAAGUAAUGACCCUGGGCCUGUCAGGAGAAUACCUCUAUGCAGUGAAGACUGAACCACCUUCUCUAUGCACGCCCAACAGCACAGAAAGUACCAGAGAUGCCAUUGACUGCAGCCAUGAUGAUUUCCCAGGAACUUCUGAGGAGACCAGCAGCCUCAUCCUCCAGCAACUGACCAUCCUGAACCACCGGCUCGGAGAACAGCUGGCCGAGCAAAGGGCCUUCCACUGCAGUAUGCUUGGAAUGAUGGACCGCCAGAUCCAGGUACUGGAGCAGCUCUCCAAUUUCACCAGGAACCACCAGCCCAAGGUCAAAACUCCGGAGAUGGACUCCUCAGUCAGUCUGAACAUGCAUGAAGCUCAAACGCAGACUUUUGAAUCAUGUCCCACGUUUAUCUUGCCUAAAACCGAACCAACAGAUGCUCCUUGGAAGGUUUCAGUCCUGGAAGUCCACAAAAGGUCUCCUUCUGAACCGACAAUUGAAAAUGAGAUUUCUCAAACUGUGGAAGAACGCAACAAAAACGCCUCUAGUCCACCUUCUUUAGAGAUUUCAUCUUCAACCAAGAACGCUAUUGUGCAGAAUGGACUGUGUAAGCAUGAUUGAUUGAUUGAGAUGUUAUGCAUUUGGUAGGAACUCAAGUCUUUUGUCAUGUAGAUGUUUCAGAAGUGCAAUAUCUGAAACAUCAGCAGAAUAUGUGUUUUUCUUUCAGUUUCAUAGGAAAGUAUUUGGUGCUCUGAUGUUUUAAUCAGUAACACUUUGGAGAACUAGAACAAUAGACUCAUUGUUAUUAUUUAUUUAGUCUGGGUUGUUUGCGAACUAACACUUGAUGUGUAUUUUAGAUGGUAAGUCAUUCAGUGACUGAUUCGAAAUCACAGUUUGGACCAAGGUAGAUUUAUGUCCAUAAUCAUCUAGCAUUAUCUGAGAAAAAAAAAGGUCGCUGGUAAGCUUAAAGAUGUUUUAAAAGUAUGAGUUUCUUCCAGUCAGAUUUGAGACACACCUCAAGGCUGAUUUUAAUGAAAGACUGUGUGUCGUCAUGAAUUUAAUCAUCUAAUCUCAAGUCGUAUGUGAUUUAGUAUGAACUUACAAGUCUGUUAAUUUCAAUAACUGCUUGCCUCUUAAUAUAAAGUAAUAUUUCACUGA